AUGCAGCUUAUACGCAGCAGCCAGGGAUACCGCUUCCCCCACUCCAACAAGAAAUUCUCGAUAGAUGUGCGAGAGUUUCUUCCUACGGUAUCUUCCCAUAGAACGUUGCCCCUACAGUUCGCCCUCAAGAUUAGCAAAGGCAUCCGCAUUCCCAUCUACAUUUAUCAUAUCGACACAAAACGCAACGACUUUGUUGAUAUGAGACACAGCAAGGUCGGAAAGAUCGACGGAGUUCACCCAUUUCCCGAGGAGAACGAGUACUUGAUAAACAGCUUCGUCGAGUGGUAUGAAGUAGUAGGAUGGGAUAAAUUGGACACGGCGACAGGCAGGACCAUAUACUACCCCAACCCGCUCUACAAGGGCAAGCUCAAGACAGACAGACAGGGGAAUCUUAUCGGGUAG